UCAUUGAGCUCAAGCCUCAAGCUGCUAUUCGGGCCAUUUCUUAAUAAUAAAGCUUGCACAAGCGAGUGCUGCACAAAAAUGGACAUGAAGUUACAGCUGCUAGCUAUAGCUCUACUGAUAAUGCAAAGCCUCUGUGCUGGAGCUAAGAAUCUGACAGAUCCUGGGUUGUUUGAUACAGAGAGCAGUGCCAGUGGUAGUGGUGGUUCAGGCUCUGGUAGUGGGGAAGGAUCUGGAGAGACGAAGACAACUGAAUGCUUUGCUCCUCGGUACAGCCCACCACCUCAAUUUACACUAAGGAGUGUCGCUGUCGCUGAAAUACGAUGUCAUCUGGCUUGUACAGAAAGGGUCUUGAGAGAGCUGAACAUCACACUAAAGCUGGACAACACAUACCCAUUGUGGCCUGCGAUUCCUGAUGAUGUAAUCGAGCAAGAUUGCACUGUGUAUCAAAAGAUCCAAGGGUGCAGAGAAGGGUGCACAGAAUAUUAUAGUCUGUUGCCGGAGACAACUAGCUCACAAUGCUCUUCACUAUGUUCGCAUAGUUGUGUUCUUGAUUGUGGAGGACACUUCAACUGCACACAAGAUGGAACUCAGUGCCUGAGAGUUUGUAACAAAGAAAUGUGCCGAGUUGGUUGUCAACUCUACGAGGAUGAGAUGCAAUGGAGCUCUCCCCAACCUGACAUGCUGCCCCUAUCUCCCCUUGAGGCACCACACCUUACCAUACCAAACGAUCCUCGUCCUAGUGUGUACAGAGUUAGCGCCAGCAAUACCACACAAGAAGUUACGAGUGGGCAAAUUGGAAUUCCCACGGCAACCAACUUCUUGUUUCGAGUACUUCGUACGGGGACUAGAAGUGCUGUUAGCUACUACUGGCUGCAUACCUUGAAUGAUCCCCUAGACCUUGCGUCAUAUGCAUGUGAUGAGGAGGUCUAUGUGCAGUACAAGGCCAUCAACAAGAAUGGACUAUCCUCAAGCUGGAGUCGUCCUUCUAUCAUUGACGUUUAUGGCUAUCUUGCUCCUGAACCAACUAAUAGACUUCCACAGAAUCCAGAUCCCAAUUUCAUCGUGACUAGAGUCAGUCCUGACUUAAGACCUCUGUUCUGGAAGCAUGCCAGAAUUGAAGUGACGUGGAGACAUCCACCAGAGGCCUCGUAUAGUCUGAGCCACUACACGGUCACACUGGACGAUUCAACCGCACUCUGUGGAACUUUAGGGCAAACCAUUGUAGUUCCCAAGACUGAGUCGUCAGCAGUGAUAGAAGCUCUGAAAUCUCCUCUGGAGGGACCGGUGGGUGGCUGCUACUAUCGUAUCUCAGUCUCCUCCCAUGCUCUAUCUGGAGAGUACAUUCCACCAGGGAGUACCUUCCUUGUGGAUGUGCAAGAGAAAUAUACUAUUCCCGUUCCACUUAACUUUCAAUGCGAGCGAGAGUGGAGUGAACGAGAGGGCCUGUUUCGAUUCCAUAUUUCCUGGUCCAUUCCAGAACAUGAUGUUUUGACAGAUGCAAUCCAGCAAUUCAGAGUAGAGACGUCUCUAAUUCCGAGUACGAGAAAUUAUAUCUAUAUUGCAAACAUUCAACCUAAGACUAAUGGUUCUCAGUACUCUUACACAACCAGAGGGCUUCCCUUCAGCCGAAACUCCGGGGCCUACUACAGAAUCACUAUGACUACAGUGACAGACUACGUGACCUCUAUCAUCACCCCCGAUGAGGAGAGUUGUACCUUCGAUGCUUUGCCCUUCCCAUCCGCAAUUAUUGAUGAUAUCAUUGUUAGUUCUGAUGAUGUAACUGUCAUGAAUGUUUCGAGAGGUGUUGGAGUUGUGAGAGUGUGGGUGGGGUGGAGGCAACCAUCUUCAAGUGUGAUGUCGUAUGAAGUGAGGGUAACAGAGGAUCAAGCUUUUGAGGAAGACGAUGAUUUUGGAGAGCUGUUCACUCAAAAGAUGAUCAAUAUAUCUUUAGCAGCUGUGAGAGUACCACUCGUGAUGGAGAUACCUGAAUAUAAAGAGAACAACUGUGUCUACUUGCAGGUACGCUCCAUCAAUAUUCAUCGUGCAGUGAGUAACUGGAGUACCCCAGCCUGCAUUGAGAUAGGAGAGCUACGUGUACUUGUCACUACCGAACCACCCCCUCAGCCACCUGCAGCCUUGUCAAUGGAUGUUCUCUACAUAAUUAUUGGCAUCAGUGUGGUCAUGCUAGUUGCAGUAGUGAUAAUGGUCAUUUGCGUUGCACUUGCUUGUUUAAGGAAUAGAAGAAUCAGCAAGAGAGCAGCAGGGUAUUUGGAAUCGAGCGGUGACUAUCAUGCCAAAAAUUUGGACAGCAAGCUUCACAAAAGAGACAACGUUGAUCAUAUUCCAUUACUGAAUGUUGACACAUGGGAGCUGCAUCCCGGGAGUGUUGUCUUGCAAACAAAGCUCGGCCACGGGGCAUUUGGUGAUGUAUAUCAAGGGGUGGUUAGGAGAGGGCCUGAGGAGAUUGACGGAGUUGAUGGGGGUAUGGCCAUUAAAGUACUAAAAGGUUCGAGUGGAGAGUUAGAGAGACAGUCAUUCAUGGACCACAUAGAGCAGACCAAGCUUGUCUCGUACCAGAGUUACUGUGCUGGCACAGCUGGAGAUCAUGUGGUGAAGAUGAUUGGCUGUGUGACUACCAGAGAUCCGUGUUGCUUGGUAUCAGAGUUACCAUUGAGGGGUGAUCUCCUAACGUUCCUUCAGAAUCAGAGAGCACUGUUGGUAGAGGGUACCAAAGGUGUGGAGGUAACCAGCCACACAUUGGUCCAAUUUGCUGAGCAGAUUGCUGUCGGAAUGGAAUUUCUGAGUUCCAUUGGUGUUGUCCAUGGCGAUCUAGCUUGUCGAAACAUGUACCUUGAUAAUAAACUCCUCAUAAAAAUUUCAGACUUUGGUCUCAGCGGCUGCUCUAAACAAAAGGCUAAACCUCGAGCCUACCACAGAACAGAUGACGGUAGACUGCCUAUGAGAUGGAUGGCACUGGAGUCUUUGGAGGAGGCGCAGUUUAACAGUGCUACUGAUGUUUGGGGGUACGGAGUGACCGUGUGGGAGAUAGCAACUCUCGGUGGCUUCCCCUACUCUACUGUUGGACACAAGGACCUUGUGGCUCACCUGGAAAUGGGGGAGAGGUUAGAGAGACCACCCAACACUGCACAACAUCUGUACAAUCUGAUGAGCCUAUGCUGGGCUGAAGAGAGUCUUGAAAGACCUUCAUUCACUGAUCUCAGAGAGUCCCUGGUGUCACUUCAAUCCCGAGUGCUACCAACACAACUUCUCACUCUAGAAAUUGACCCCACACUAGUCUACUACAACGUGGUCCUGUCAACGUCUACUCCAGAGCACAGUGGAAGCAGUAAAGGAAGAGAUGGAGGUACUGGUAACUAUUGGCAACGAAGAGAUAAAGUUGGAGACGAAGGCCACUCAUUCUCUAACAGCAUUCUACCGAGCAUAGUAGAGGACGAGCAAGAAGACAGUGAUCAAGUGCAGUGUCUGGGACAGUACACUCAAUCAACUACAUACACGACACAGACUAUCGUCGUGGAAACGUAUGACAUCGAAAAUGGGUCGACGGGAAGCGAAUGUGACGGAAUUUCCAAGAUUGAUUCGGAGUGUACAGGAAGCGUUAGUCCAACUUCACCAUCACCGGUGUCAAGCGAGAAAAGCGAGAUAUUGAAGCAGAAUUUAUCGCAACUCAGUGAGAGUUACUCGGCAGAUAAUUUGAAUGGAACUGUUUCAUGUGACAAUCAUGUGAUUGAUGAGGAAAUACAAAUAGACAGUGCUCAUGCAAACAAAUUCCACUGACCUUUAAUUUUUGAAUGACUAUCACCCCAACAAACAAACUGAUUUUGGCCUCAUAUAUAAUCAUCAUCAAGCACUUGUGCUCUCAUUUUUAUCACCUCAGAAUAAUUAUAUAAUUAUGCAGUAAAUACUAUAGCUACAUGCAUAUACACAGUUCAUCUAUAUGCAUGGUGACAUGGAAGUGA